AUGGUGGGUGACUUGGAGGGGAACUUGUCCGAUAUCAAGGCGGUGUUCCUCCACAUCAGCUGCCCAAAUCCUUUUAAAUUGAUGGAUUCAGAGAUUCAGCGCAGAGUUCUCGACGUGAGCGACAGUGCAGCCGCCGAAACGGCUCCUCCAGCUUCCGCCAUCACCAAACCCAAGACUCCUAAGAAGAAGAAGAAGGCGGCGGCUCCCAGGAAAAAAACAGCCGGUCCCGGGUUGGGCGAGCGGAUUGUGAAGAUUGUCGGGGAGAGCAGCGAUCGGAAGGGGACGUCUCUGGCCGCUAUAAAGAAGGUACUGCAAAGAAGCGGGGUCAAUGUGGAGAAGCAAAAUGCACAGAUCAGGAUGGCUAUCAAGAGGUGUCUGGCGAAAGGCUCCCUGGUUCUGGUCAAGGGCCAGGGCGUCUCCGGCUCCUUCAAACUCCCUAAGAAUCCAGUCAAGGCAAAAGUGGGAAAGAAGGCGAGACCAGCAGCAGCCGCCAAGAAACCAGCCGUGAAGAAAACAACGGCCAAGAAGGUGACAGCGAAGAAAUCCCCAACCAAGAAAGCAACAGGCAAGGAUGCGGCCGUCAAGAAGGCAGCAACGCCAAAGAAAGCGGUGAAGAAAGCAGCGCCUCAGAAAAAGACUCCCGUGAAGAAGGUGAAAAAGACCAAGAGCCCCAAGGCCGCAAAACCGGUCCCGAAACCGGGUAAACUGAAGGCCAAGCCCAAAGCGAAAGUGACCAAGAAAGCAGCAAAGAAAUGA